CCUCGUUUCAUCACUUGAACUCACUCUUCUUCUUUUUCUUCUUCCUCAACCUGACAAACACAGACGAUAACUCUUCUCUUUGACCCUUCUCCCAAUCAUUCUCAAGCGUCACCCAACAUAGCCACGUCAAGAUUGUCCCUGCUCCAACAUGUCAUCAAAUAUCCCAGAGGAAGAGUUGUUGUUUUUUCCAGAAGAGCCACAGCGCUCUGGAUACGAAGGCACUCCACCUCCUCCAACCCCAGGUCAUCUACCGUGGGACGUGGUCAGGGACUCAAUCGCAGCAGAACUUGAACGACAGACGAAUGUCCUGGACUUGAUUCCAGCAGACGUUCGCGAGUACAUCACCAGCGCCCACGAUGCCAUCUCACAGCACUCAAACUCAAACUCCAACCCCAAUGUCAAAUACGCCUUGACAUUGUCCAAACCGAUCAACAACCCUGAUUCUGUUGUUGAGGGGGAAUACACCAAUGUUAUCGCGGCCAAUCUUGGUGUUCUGAACCACAUUCGUCGACAUUAUUUCAAGGUCUUGCAACGAAUCCAGGAUCAAUGGAUCCAGAGUGGCAAUUUGCAAGGAGCAGCGAAUGAAGUCGUCUACUUCAUCGACAACAACGGCUGCUUGUGUAUGGCAGUCCACGGUGAUAGCCUUCUCUACAAGGUCAUUACGGUCGAAGAGUGA